GCGGCGGGGGUCCUGGGGGUCGUCAUGGUCCUGCUGCUGGUCAUCCUCAUCCCGGUGCUGGUCAACUCCGCGGGCACGGCGGCACACUACGAGAUGCUCGGCACCUGCAGGAUGGUGUGCGACCCGUACGGAACCAAGUCCCCGACCAGCACCGCCGCGGCGGACACGGUCCGGGACAGCGGCCUCGUGCAGUCUCUGCCCACUUUUAUCCAAGGUCCGAAAGGGGAGCCGGGGCGUCCGGGUAAAGCGGGUCCAAGGGGACCUCCCGGCGAGCCGGGACCGCCCGGUCCAGCGGGGCCACCUGGAGAGAAAGGCGAAUCGGGCAGACCGGGUUUACCGGGCCCGCCGGGACCGAGCGCAGCCGCCGGUGCGAUCAGCGCGGCCACGUACAGCACCGUGCCCAAGAUCGCCUUUUACGCAGGGCUGAAGAAGCAGCACGAGGGCUACGAGCUGCUCAAGUUCGACGACGUGGUGACCAACCUGGGGAAUCACUACGACCCCACCACCGGGAAGUUCACGUGCUCCAUCCCCGGGAUCUAUUUCUUCACCUACCACGUCCUGAUGCGCGGAGGGGACGGCACGAGCAUGUGGGCUGACCUGUGCAAAAACAACCAGGUGCGUGCCAGUGCCAUCGCCCAGGAUGCAGACCAAAACUAUGACUAUGCCAGUAACAGCGCUGUGCUGCAUCUGGAGCCAGGAGACGAGGUCUACAUCAAACUCGACGGAGGCAAAGCGCAUGGCGGCAACAACAACAAGUACAGCACCUUCUCCGGAUUCAUCAUCUACGCCGACUAGACAGCAACACGUGCUCAGCCCUCAGCUAUUACAGGCCUCAGUCCUUCUACAAAUGUAACCUUCUACCAAUCAGACGCUCACACUUCCUCUUUUAAACCCGUGUGGACAAACCAAUAUCCAAAAUCAGCCUUCAUAACCUGCAUAUUAUUUCAUUUUUCUACAUCCUGCUAACAUCACUGUCCUAAGUUGCAAGUGACUUUGGACAAAAGCAUCAGUGAAAUGGUUGAAUUGUGGGAUCAAACCAUAUCCUCUCUUCAUACCAUUACACAUAACUUACAGCUGAUGUCUUUGUGUUGAUGUAGUCGUGUCACCGAGUGAUGGUGGUAGGUAGGA